CUGAUAACGAGUAUGCCGACGACAACAUUAUCCAACCUUUUUUUUGUAAUAAUUGUAUUUCACUUUUUCACUCAUAAUAAAGUUAUUUUUUUGAAGUGUUACGAACAGAUGUGUUUAUAAAAUUGUAUGAAGUAAUAUUGAACUUAAAUCUUAAUUGUAUUUUUGACACUUGUAAACGAGAUGCCGCUACGUUUAGAUAUUAAGCGUAACUUAACUGCUAGGUCAGAUCGUGUUAAAUGUGUUGAUCUCCAUCCAAAAGAACCAUGGAUGUUAGCAUCACUUUAUAAUGGAAAUGUACAUAUUUGGAAUCAUGAGACAGCUAUUCUCAUUAAAUCUUACGAAGUUUGUGAAUUACCUGUUAGGGCAGCUCGUUUUGUUGCUCGAAAAAACUGGAUAGUUACGGGUUCAGACGACAUGCAAUUGCGAGUUAUCAACUAUAAUACAUUAGAGCGAGUUCAUCAGCUGGAUGCUCACUCUGAUUAUUUAAGAAGUAUUGCUGUACAUCCAACACAACCAUUUAUACUAACAAGUAGUGAUGAUAUGCUAAUCAAGCUAUGGAAUUGGGAAAAACAAUGGGCAUGUCAGCAGGUGUUUGAGGGUCAUACUCAUUAUGUUAUGCAAAUUAUGAUAAAUCCAAAAGAUAAUAACACUUUUGCUAGUGCUUCAUUAGAUCGUACUAUCAAAGUAUGGCAACUUGGAUCCCCAACCCCUAAUUUCACAUUGGACGGACAUGAGAAAGGAGUAAAUUGUGUUGAUUAUUAUCAUGCUGGAGAUAAACCCUACUUGAUAUCAGGUGCAGAUGACAGACUAGUAAAAAUUUGGGACUAUCAAAACAAAACCUGUGUACAAACUUUAGAAGGACAUGCACAAAAUAUAUCCGCUGUUUGCUUUCAUCCUGAACUUCCUAUUGUAUUGACUGGUUCUGAAGAUGGUACAGUUCGUAUUUGGCAUUCUGGUACUUAUAGAUUAGAAUCAUCACUAAACUAUGGAUUAGAACGUGUGUGGACAAUUUGCUGUUUACGUGGUUCAAAUAGUGUAGCAUUAGGAUAUGAUGAAGGCAGUAUCAUGGUAAAAGUUGGUAGGGAGGAACCAGCUAUGUCAAUGGAUGUCCAUGGUGGUAAAAUUGUUUGGGCACGUCAUAGUGAAAUUCAACAAGCUAAUUUGAAGAUGAUGUUGCAAACUGAGGGAACUGAAAUAAAAGAUGGUGAACGUUUGCCAAUUCAAGUUAAAGAUAUGGGAAGCUGUGAAAUAUACCCACAGUCUAUAUCUCAUAAUCCAAAUGGUCGAUUCUUAGUUGUAUGUGGUGAUGGAGAAUAUAUAAUAUACACUUCUAUGGCUUUACGUAAUAAAGCUUUUGGAUCUGCUCAAGAUUUUGUAUGGUCAUCUGAUUCUGAAUAUGCCAUUAGAGAAAAUUCUUCAACAAUCAAAGUUUUUAAAAACUUUAAAGAAAAAAGGUCUUUUAAACCUGAGGGUGGAGCUGAUGGUAUAUUUGGAGGAUAUUUACUUGGUGUAAAGUCAGUAACUGGGUUAGCAUUAUAUGACUGGGAAAAUGGAAAUCUGGUGCGAAGAAUUGAAACGCAACCAAGGCAUGUAUUCUGGUCAGAGUCAGGUGAAUUAGUUUGUCUUGCUACUGAUGAAGCAUAUUUUAUUCUUCGUUUUGAUGUAAAUGUACUUGGUACUGCAAGGGCAUCUAAUUUUGAAUCUGCUGGUCCUGAUGGGUUGGAAGAUGCAUUUGAAGUGUUGGGUGAAGUGCAAGAAGUUGUUAAAACUGGAUUAUGGGUUGGAGAUUGUUUUAUUUAUACUAAUGGUGUUAAUCGAAUCAAUUAUUAUGUUGGUGGUGAAAUUGUCACAGUUUCUCAUCUUGACCGCACAAUGUAUCUUCUAGGAUAUGUUGCCAAAGAAAACCGUUUAUACUUAGGUGAUAAGGAAUUGAAUAUUGUGUCAUAUAGUCUUUUACUAUCUGUAUUAGAAUAUCAAACUGCUGUUAUGAGAAAAGAUUUUGAAAUAGCAGAUCGUAUACUACCAUCAGUACCAUCUCAAUAUAGAACAAGAGUAGCUCAUUUCUUAGAAAAACAAGGUUAUAAAAAACAAGCCUUAGCUGUAUCAACUGAUGUUGAGCAUAAAUUUGAACUUGCUAUUCAAUUACAAGAUUUAGAGAAAGCUCAUAUGUUGGCUAAAGAAGCAUCUAGUCCUCAAAAAUGGAGACAUUUGUCUGAACUAGCAACUGCACAAGCUAACUUAGAGUUGGCUCAAGAAUGUUUACAUCAAGCACAAGAUUAUGGUGGUUUAUUAUUAUUAGCUACUUCUUCUGGAAACAGUGAAAUGGUAAAAAAAUUAGCUGAAAGUACUCAUUUAAAUGGAAAGAAUAACAUAUCAUUCUUAUCAUACCUACUUUUGGGUGAUUUAGAAAAAUGUUUACAACUAUUAAUAGAUACUGGUAGACUUCCCGAAGCAGCAUUUUUUGCUCGGUCUUAUAUGCCAAGUAAAAUGUCAUACAUUGUUACUUUAUGGAAAGAUUCUCUUAGUAAAACAAAUAUAAAAGCUAGUGAAGCAUUGGCUAAUCCAGAUGAGUAUGAAAACUUAUUUCCGAACUAUCAAGAUGCAUUAAAAACAGAAGCUUAUUUACUUAAUGAAAGAAAAAAACAAUUACCAGCUACAGCAUUUGUCAGUACUCCAUUAAAUCAUGAAAGAAACUGUAUAGAAGAAAUGAAAUCAUCCAGUACACAAGAAUCAAUGUUAAAUUUAGAUAAUCAUAUUGAUUUUAAAUCAAAUAUACUCUUACCUACAUAUAUUGAAAAAAAACAAGAUGACUUAAUAAUAACAAAACCCAUACACGAUUAUGUUCCCUCAAAAGUUGUUAAUGAUGAUUUUGAAGAUGUUGAUAAAGAACUUGAAGCAGAGUUAGAAAAUAUGAAUUUAGAUGACAUUGAAUCUACAGGUGUUAAUUUAGAUGCAGAGCUUUCUGAUGAUGAUGAUGAUGAUUAUUAAUAAAUAUUGAUUAUUUUAUGAGUAUUGCUACUUUACAAACCAUUUAUUUUUAACUAUCAAAUCAUCCAUCCAUUAUCAUAUUUGAUUAGUUUUUUAAUAUCUGGUAUAGAGGACAAAUAUAAUAAUAUUAAUCUAAUUUUUACAAAUAAUUAUUAAGUCAGUAAAAUUAUUAAGAAUUUACCAUUGUAAUACUU